UCAAUCUAUAAAAAAAGAAAUCAAGCCAGGAAGGCAACACUACUGAUUUUCCAAUAGCAAGAAAAAAUAUGGCGUAGGUGUGUUGUCAUUUUAUAAAUAAAAUAAACGAAGUGUAACGAUAAUAUUUAUCAAAAUUUACUGGUGGUUAUUAUCAAUGGAUACGGAAAUCGUGUGACCUCUGGUGAAUAUAAUGUAUAUUACUUGAAUCAAUGUGUCGAUUGUCAUGAAUAAAGUUGAAAACGUUGGCAAUCCAUUUUGGAAAAAGGUAUGUUGUGUUGUAAUAAACGUCAACAAAAUUGUAUUCUUUAGAUGAUACACCUCGUUAACUCUGUUUCACGAAAUAAAACUCAUCAAGAGGAUAAUAUAUAUUUAUUGUAGUGAAGUUUGUGAAUUUGAACUUUUUUUAACGUAAUAAAACAAUGAUGAAUCGUACUGACGGAUUAGUGCAAAGACGAAGAGUAGUCAACAGUGGCAAUCCACAGAACCAGGAUGGAACUUCCGAUCAUAGUGGAGUUUUUAAUGAUCAAUCCUCAGGUCAUGGACCAGAAGCCGAUGGUAAUUCUCCCAAAGAUCUUAACUCCAAUCCAACAAUUGAUGAAGAUUCAGAUAAAGAAACAAGAUUGACACUCAUGGAGGAGGUUUUAUUACUCGGACUCAAAGAUAAAGAGGGUUACACUUCAUUUUGGAAUGAUUGUAUAAGUUCAGGAUUAAGAGGAUGUAUUCUAGCAGAAUUAGGACUACGGGGUCGUGUUGAACUAGAGAAAGCUGGAAUGCGUAAAAGAAGUUUAUUGACCAGAAAAUUAUUAGUCAAAAAUGAUGCACCCACUGGUGAUGUUCUUCUUGAUGAAGCACUUAAACAUCUCAAAGAAUAUGAACCACCAGAGCCUGUUCAAUGUUGGAUUGAAUAUUUAAGUGGUGAAACAUGGAAUCCUCUAAAGCUUAGAUAUCAGUUAAAAAAUGUUCGUGAGAGAUUAGCGAAAAAUUUAGUUGAAAAAGGUGUUCUCACAACAGAAAAACAAAAUUUUUUGCUAUUUGAUAUGACAACACACCCUUUGACUGACAAUUUAGCAAAAACUCGACUCGUUAAGAAAAUUCAAGAAGCUGUUUUGUGUCGUUGGGUCAAUGACGCGAGUCGUAUGGACAGAAGAACAUUGGCACUUGUAUUCUUAGCACAUGCAGCAGACGUGUUAGAAAAUGCAUUCGCUCCUUUAUCAGAUGAUGAUUAUGAAGUGGCCAUGCGCCGAGUAAGAACGUUAUUGGAGCUUGAUUUCGAAGCAGAAGCUGCUAAACCCAACGCGAAUCCAGUUUUAUGGGCAGUUUUUGCUGCAUUCACCAAGUAACAUUACCCCAAGGAUUGCGAGCAUCAGGAACCUCUAAUAAAUCACAUAAAUAUGAUUUAAUAGCAAGCUGAUAAGCUUGCCUUUACUUUAUGGCAAUGUGGUAGUUUAUCUUCCACGACGAAUUUUCUUCCCAAAUAAUUAGAAGAGUUGGUGGGAUUUGUUUUAAGGAGUCUAUCUGAUGGAUAAAGGUUUUUAUAAUGUUUAAGGUAAAGUUAUUGGAUAAAAAAUUUUGAUUUAUAUUUGAUUUUAAUAGAAUAUGAAAAUUUUUAAUAUGAAGUUUUUUAAUCGCUUCAUUAUUUCUUAAAUAAAUAAUAAUUUAUCCUAAUUCAAACAUGAAAAAAAUAAUUGCAACGAAUGGUAAAUAUAAUUUAUUAAAAGUGUCAUUAUUGUUCAAUCUCUUUUUGAUAAUUGAAUGAAUUUACAGUAAAUGAAAAAUAAGAAUGAAAAUUAUAAAAUUUAAUUUUGUAUUGAGAUUGCACAGUAUUAUUAUUUCUACUAAUAUCGAUGAAAAUCAUACAUAUGUUGGACUUUUU